AUGUGGUUCCGGAGAAGAGCGCUGGGACUGGUUCAGCACUGGGUAUUCGAGGCCAUCAUCAUGACGCUCAUUGUGGCCUCCAGCGUCGCCCUGUGUUUCGAAGAUAUCUACCUCGAGCAGAAGCCUUACCUCACGGACUUCCUUCAUUAUUUAAAUAUAUUUUUCGCCACAACGUUCACUGCUGAAAUGGGGCUGAAAAUAGUCGCAUUCGGCUUUUGGCAGUAUUUUACAAAUUUCUGGACGCUUCUGGAUUUCUUCAUCGUCGUGAUCUCAUUGACGGUUCUGGCUGCCGAUGAAGUCGGACAAGGCUUCGUAGCCUUCCGAGGACUUCGGACACUCCGCGCCCUGCGCCCCCUGCGAGCAAUAAGCAGAUGGGAAGGAAUGAAGGUAGCUGUCGAGGUUUAUUCGAGCGCGGAUCACGCGUCGGGGGAAAUUAACGUCGUGGUGAAUGCGCUGAUGCACGCGAUCCCGUCCAUUCUCAACGUCAUCUUCGUCUGCCUCGUGUUCUGGCUUGUUUUCGCCAUAAUGGGUGUCGAGCUUUUCGCGGGCAAAUUUUACGAAUGUCUCGACGACGACGGGGAAACACUGCCCGUGAACAUCGUGCAGAACAAGACCGAAUGUCUGGAGAAAAACUUCACGUGGGUCAACGCAAAAAUCAACUUUGACAACGUUGGCAUGGCAUACAUCGCUCUUUUUCAAGUCGCGACGUUUGAGGGGUGGUUGGAUAUUGUCGAAGAUGCAAUGGACAGCAGAGGAGUGGACCAGCAACCAGUCAGGGACAAUAACCAAUACGCUUCGAUAUACUUUGUGAUCUUCAUAAUCUGCGGUUCUUUCUUCACGCUGAACCUAUUCAUCGGUGUGAUCAUCGACAACUUCAAUGCCCUGAAGAAGAAGGUGAGAACCCGGAAGUGCAUCCGGCACUGGGGGCAAAUCAUUACCAAUCGAUAUCGUUCACAGUAUGAGGGCCGAGCCCUGGAAAUGCUUCUGACCGAAAGUCAGAAGCACUACUACGCAGCUUUGAAGAAACUCAGUCGGAAACGGCCGCAACGAGUCAUCCGUAGACCGAGGAAUAAGUACCAGGCGUGGUUCUACGAUUUGUCAAUGUCUAGAAAGUUCGUAUGCGUUGGGACUCACGGCCGCGCCAUUCCCGUGCGGUUCGAGAUGGUCAUUUUUGCGCUGAUAUUCGCCAACAUGGUCGUGAUGGCAAUUGAGCACUACGGCAUGUCUGAGAAGUCUCAGGAAAUGCUCGAGUAUUGCAACAUAUCUUUUAUUUUCCUCUUCACGCUGGGUGAGCCGCAAUUCCAAGGAGGAAACGGAUUCACAUUCUCCGAUUUCGAGCACCUGGAGGCGUGUAUGAAGCUCGUUGGAUUGCGGUACUGGUACUUCACAGUCCCUUGGAAUAUUUUUGACUUCAUAAUCCUCUGCUUGUCCUCGGUGGCCGUGAUGCUGGACAAGAUGCGGAGCUUUUCGUUUCCUUUGAACCCGGUUCUGUUACGGGUCACACGGAUCUUCCGUGUUGGACGUGUCCUGAGGCUUAUCCGGGCGGCCAAAGGCAUUCGGAAGCUGCUUUUCGCUUUGGCCAUUUCCCUUCCGGCACUUCUGAACAUCGGAGCGUUGUUGCUGCUGAUCACUUUUGUAUACGCCAUUUUGGGCAUGGCUUUGUUCGGACACGUGGCCCAUAACGGUGCAAUAACCCCUACGACCAAUUUCGAAACCUUCUCGAGGAGCAUGUUCCUUCUCUUUAGGUUCGACCCGCACGCGACACAGUUCAUACAUUUUAAUCAGCUGUCGGAUUUUUUGAGCGAUAUCGAACCCCCGUUGCAAAUCAAGAAGCCCAAUCUCCUGGCCAUGGUGUAUUUCGAUUUGCCCAUUUGUCGGGGGAAUAAGGUUCAUUGUUUGGACGCGCUCCACGCACUGGUCACGCAUGUGCUGGGAGAGGUCGAUGAGACCGAGGAGCUGAAAACAACGAGCGAUGCUUGCGAUGAACGUGAAUGUUGCAUGGCAGCUGUUCGCAAUCAUUCUCCGUCGCUGGAUCAAAAGUAUUGUGUUCAUGGCAUCUUCUCUGCACAGCUCCAGCAAAAGAUGGACGAGAAAUUCAAGAAGCAGUUUCCCGAACGGAAGAAGAUCGAAAUCGUCUUGACGACAACUGAGUGGUAUAGACGAGAAAGGGCUGCAAAUACAAUCUGCAGAGCUUGGAGACAUUACAGAACGCGGCAAAUACAAGCGAGUGAGGAAGGACCCGUGCGAACGCCCAGUUUCCGUCUGCGGGAGGGCCUGAAGAACAUGGCCGCGAUUUUCGGCGGCCAACGAGCACGGACUCCGUCCCGACAAGAGAGCGAGCGAAGCGACCAAAGCAACUCCAAUCUCAAUGGAUCCACGAUGCAUUUGCCGUUGCCGUUCCCGUUUUCCCGGCGCUCAUCGCGAGCUUCCAGCCGCGGUUCGCAUCACUCGCUGGACAGCAACCAGGGCGGAGGCUUCCACAGUGCUUCGGUCAUCCUCCACAGUUUGAUGUUCCCCGAAGCCGAUGAGCAGGCCGAAGAACCAAUCCCGGUUGAAGAUGUGAAACUGGUGUAGGGGGUCCCUCGACCUUGAUGAUGGAAGCCUGCGCGGUUGAAGAUGGCGUAUCCCGCGGUGAUACUCGGAGACACGCGUGAGUCAAGGAGAGAAAAUCGCUAGAACGAUUCCGGUGAUUCAAUUUCGCUCGCCAAUGAUUUUGCGUAUUUAAAGCUCCUUUUUUCGAGCACUUUCAUUGGUAUUCCCGUUUUUGCGGCGCUCGUCGCCUGUCUUAAUGCGUGUGUUUACGCCAAUCUGUGGGUAGAAACCAGGGCGGAGAUUUACGGGGGUUGAACUUUCAGGGUAACACCCUCUGACUAUUCUAACAGGAUAAUGGACGAGUUCAUUCAACUGAAGUUAAAUUCUGGUUACGGACCUCUAUCAUUGAUUCAUCAUCAGUUCGGUCAACAUCUCUAUUUUGUUUAUCUCAUUCAAUAUCUGGUCGAAAUCGUCAAUUUAAAUUAAAGGCUGUGUAGGAAGACAUAAAUUUUACUUCUCUUUUCUCGAUUGCAUGAUCUUGCCUUUUUUAAGGAAUAUAGAUCGCUGAAGUACAGUACACAUCGUAAUUACAUUGUGUUGUUUAUUAUUAAUUGAUGGGUUAAGUAAGAAUUAUUUCAGCGGCACAGAAUGCGUUUUUGGUGCGAUUACUCCUAUACUCUGCAGUCGCGGUUGUUCAUGAAGAUUGUUCAUGAACAAUCUUCUGAAAAUUAACGGCGGCUCUGAUCCCAAAACUGAAGAAUUAUCUCGACAAUUACGCACUUCCGAUGUCAUGUUUCGAUUUUGUCGGGGGUGGAUUGAACGGCGAGAAGAUUAUGUUGAUUCGCCCGAGUCGAAAAAGUUGAUGCACGCAUCGCGCAACGAUUUUCGGCUAUGUUUUUCGGAGAAAAUUUCUAGCUGAUUUCAAAGCGAGCGAAUGCGAAAGAGUCGCGGGAAACGAUUGCGAAUAACCGUUGCGAGUGUUUCGGCGUGUGGUAGGCGCCAAACCUCAGCGACAGAAAUCUGCUGCAUUCUUGAGAAGUUACUUACCACCAACGCUAUCUCGAAGCUGCGGUUAGUGCCAACAGCGAUCUCAUGUAAGAAUCUCUUCACGUCAAGUAAUUGCCGGAUACUUUGAUCGCAUCGCGAAGAAUCCAUAUUUUCGGAUGUCUAAUCUUUUGAUGCUGUUGAAACUGAUUCGUUCGUGCGUGAGGAAGAAAGACCGGGCCUGCGAACGAAGAAGAGGAAACAAUCCAUUCUUGCUUGAAAGUGUUACCAGUUUUCGUAGACUGGCCCAGUUUUGGAAAGAGAGAAAACGAGACGCAUUUUCGAAUUCCCCGCGACGCCCGACAACUCGUAUGUGAAGCUAUGACAGCUGCGGAUCGCUUGCUUCUGAACGAUUGCGACGCAAUAUUAUUCGGGA